AUGCAGACCAAGGUGCUGCCAUACUCCAGAGCUGCAUCAUACACGGCCUACUGGGCCUUUCUACUCGCCGUGUCCAGGCCUUUGAUUGGGGCCUACGCCGCCUUACUGGCCUUUGUAGCAACCAUCGUACUCAACGUCGUCUACCAAUUCCUUUUUCGCAUGCUGAACCAGACUAGGCCGCCUUUGUACGGUGAUAUCUUUACCUUCAUUCUCCUGGGACGUCCAACCACAGUUUAUCUCGGAGCACAGGGCAACGAAUUCAUUCUCAAUGGCAAGCUCAAAGAUGUUAAUGCGGAGGAGGUGUACAGCCCCCUGACAGCUCCGGUAUUCGGGUCAGAUGUCGCCUACGAUUGCCCGAAUUCAAAGCUUAUAAAGCAGAAGGAAUUUAUCAAAAUUGGUCUCUCUCAGGCGGCGCUCGAGGCACAUGUGCCGUUGAUUGAGAAGAAAGUGAGGACUAGCUUGCUAUGUCACCCAAUUUUCAUGGAGCAUCGGGGGCAGUGGAUAUCCCAUCAGCAAUGGCGCAGAUUAACAUCUUUGCCGCAGGAAGCGCUCUCCGGGGAGAAGAAGUGCGGCUUCACUCCGAUCAAUUCCAUGUUGCCUUGGGCUCCCCUGCCGCAUAAUAAGAAGCGUGAUGCUGCGCAUGCUCAGAUGCGUGCAAUCUACGUCGAUAUAAUCAACAAGCGGAGAAAUGCUGGCGACAAUGUCCCAGAGAAACUGGAUAUGAUUGGAAAUCUGAUGCAGUGUACCAACAAGAAUGGAGAGCCAUUGCCGGAUAGGGAGAUCGCUCAUAUCAUGAUCACGCUGCUGAUGGCUGGCCAGCACUCAUCGUCCUCGCUUAGCCCCUGGAUUAUGCUGCGGCUCGUCUCGCAGCCUGCUGUCGUUGAGGAGCUCUACCAAGAGCAGGUCGCCAACAUUGAGCGAACGGGCCCCAAUGGUACUCUGGCCCCUCUCCGGCUCGAAGACAUUGACAAUCUCCCACUACGUCAGAAUGUCAUCCGAGAGAUCCUCCGUGUCAAUAGCUUGAUCCAUUCGCUCUUGCGCAAAGUCAAAAACCCGCUUCCAGUUCCUGGCACUCCUUACGUCAUUCCUACCUCUCACGUUUUGCUCGCUGCACCAGGGGUUACAGCUCUUACCCCCGAUGAAAACAAGAAGGAGGAUAUCGUUGACUAUGGAUACGGCGCAAUGUCCAAGGGUACCUCCAGUCCAUAUCUUCCCUUCGGGGCUGGGCGUCAUCGAUGCAUCGGAGAGAAAUUUGCAUACCUCAAUCUGGCUGUCAUUGUGGCGACUAUGGUGCGCCAUUUGCGAUUCCAUAACCUAGACGAGAAGAAAGGUGUGCCCGAUACAGAUUACUCGUCCCUGUUCUCGGGUCGCCUCAAGCCAGCACGAAUUGGCUGGGAAUGUGGCGCAGUAAAAUUCUUUUGA